CACGUCAGGGGUCGGAGUUGAAAGCUUCACGGACGCUCGUGCUCGGGCUCGGACGGUUCGCGGGAAACGUCCCAAAACAAAUCGGUUCUGCUGGAACACGCGGGCAACUUCGGACACAAGUUACAAACUAAUCGAUGCGUUCAAACCGAUCGAUCUGAUCGACAGAAGCGUCGUCUCGCCAUAGCAACCAGAUACUACUGUGAAGCUCAACGAGCUGCGAGCUAACGCGGCGGUUAGCACGAGCGGUAACGGAGGCGACGGCGAUAACGGCUUUAACGGUUUUAACGGCUUUAACGGACUAUUUAAACCAGGGAGAGAAAUGGCGGAAAGACCCGAAGAUCUGAACCUGCCGAACGCGGUGAUCACCCGAAUCAUCAAAGAGGCGCUCCCUGACGGGGUGAACGUGUCUAAAGAAGCCAGGAGAGCCAUCUCCCAAGCUGCCAGUGUGUUUGUGUUGUACGCCACUUCCUGUGCGAACAACUUUGCCAUGAAAGCCAAACGUAAAACUCUGAACGCGGCGGACGUCUUGGCUGCGAUGGAGGAAAUGGAGUUCGAGAGAUUCCUGGAGCCGCUCAGAGAAGCUCUGGAAGUGUACAAGAAGGGCCAGAAGGGAAAGAAGGAGGUGUCGGAGCAGAAACGCAAAGACAAGGAGAAGAAGACCGACUCCGAGAACGACAAGAGCCGGGAGGAGGAAGAGGAGGAGGAAGAGGAGCGCAUGGAGGAGGAGCCUGAAGCGGAGAACGACGGCGAGGAGGAGGAGGUGGAAAACUGACUUGGAACGUGGACGCCCCCCCACGGACGAUAAAAUGCACUCGCGGUGCGUUUAAGGGACAAUCGGUCAUCGCAGAGCCGCCAUGAAUCAAAAGGAGCUCAGGAGGGGGCGUGGUCUGGAGGGGGCGUGGCCUCGAGGGGGUUACAUUAAUAACUUCUUCGUGCAGCUGCCAUCUUCAGAACCACGAGUCAAACUACUUCAUGCACUUCCUGCUCUUUGGUCCAUUACAUCUUUGUAAAUAUCUCCUUUUGACACAAACACUGUUGUUGAUAGUAAACUGAACACAGUCGUUGCUAUGCAACUAACAGCCGGUUUAAAUGUUUUCAUAGUUGCGUUGCUACACCGUCAGAAAGAUGAACUCAAGAGUUCCCAAAUGCUAAACAGAAUAUAAUGGACACCUGAUGUUAACGUGUCAUUUGAACUGGAGGAACGGCUGUUUAUUCUGCCAGAAAUUAAAAGAAUUCUCAAACAGUAGUAACGUCUCGAUGGACCUCUGAGGACGAUGCGGCGUCGCAGUGGUGUUCAAGGUCCACUCGUGAUCGAAGACUUGGCUGUCAACGGGUUUGAGGUCUUAUUGGUGAAAUGUUGAAUUGGUGCAAAAUCUAAUGAUUGAAUGGAGCCCCUGGACCUGGUUCUCUUGUGUGCCGUUAAUACUAAGUGUGUUUGUAGGUCCUUUGUUCCUGAACCAUUUAUACUUUUGUAUCACUUGGCUAAAAUUUAAUAAACAUUUUGUAUAAAGCAA